AUGGAGGAGUGGGACGUGCCCCAGAUGAAGAAAGAGGUGGAGAGCCUCAAGUACCAGCUGGCCUUCAAGAGGGAGAUGUCAUCCAAGACUAUCCCUGAGCUCCUCAAGUGGAUUGAGGACGGGAUCCCCAAGGACCCCUUCCUGAACCCCGACCUGAUGAAGAACAACCCGUGGGUGGAGAAGGGCAAGUGUGCCAUCCUGUGAGGCCCCCACACCCCAGACUCACGCCUCCCUGUGAAGAGAACGACUCUGUAAAAGUGUGACUUUUAUAAAGAGUUUUCA